AUGCCCAAUGACGUAAAGGCCGUUGUCCUCAGUUCACAAAGCAUUCAGGUGACAUGGAAGCGUCCCAAUUACACCUUGCCAGAUGAAGAUGGCUACAAACUGGAGAUAGUGGGCCAGGACUUCAGCGAUUCCAUCUUAGUUGGGACAGAUGUGUUUUCACACACAUUCUCCGGGUUGAAACCAUACAGGGAGUACACCAUUUACGUGCAGGUUAAAGACAGAAUUCCAGGGGUUCUUCGACCAAGGGGACAAAGUUCAAGGAGAACAUGGCCAGCAGCUGGACAGAAAGUGACAGACCUCCUAGUAACCGCAGAGGAUCCCAGAUCGGUUCAUGCCAGAUGGAAUCUGCCAAGUGAAUCUUUCGGCAUCAUCGAGGGUUUCGAAAUUUCUGCUGUGAAUAAGCUUACAGGCAGCAAAAAGGUAAUCGAGUCUCCGGAAAAUGUGUGCAUUCUGUAUGGCCUGGAUCCUUCAACGACUUACACCAUCUCCGUUUCUGCACGCAACGAAAAGCUUGCAGGCAGUGGCGGUGGCCUGGGAGAGGGAGUAUCAGCCGAUGUGGAUACCUUGCCCUUAGAAGCUGAAAUUCCAAAUGACAUAAGGGCCGUUGCUCUCAGUUCACAAAGCAUUCAGGUGAAAUGGAAGCGUCCCAAUUACACCUUGUCAGAUGAAGAUGGCUACACAGUGAUGGCAGUGGUCCAGAACCUCAAAAAUACCGUCUUUGUUGGGAAAGAUGUGUCUUCACACACAUUCUACGGGUUGCAACCAAACACGGAAUACACCUUUUACGUGCAGGUCAAGGACAGAAUUCCAGGUGUUCUUUACAAAAGUGGACAAAUAUCAAGGAGAACGUGGCCAGCAGUUCAAAAGGCCUGUGGUGGACAAACAUUCGCUCCUGCCGCAUGGCUGGUUCAUCAGUCCACAAAACGCGAAGCCAUAGCUCAUAGCUGGCCCUGGACUGUUGGACUAUACACGAGCAACAGAGGACCCUAUCCAUUCUGCGGUGGAACACUGAUUGCCCCCGACUGGGUAAUUACCGCGGCCCAUUGUGUUGAAAUGGCCAUGAACUGCAUUGUCCCACCCAAUCCUUGUUGGGGAGAAAACGGUGCUGGCGUCAACUGUGUCGAUGCUCAAGGACAAUGGAUCCUCUAUGGAAUCAUCAACCGUGGAAGUUUCCUUUGUGCAGGCAAGUAUGCCAUGAGCACAAAGAUACAGUCUCAUCUGGACUGGAUCAGGGAAACCAUUGGAACCAAGGAGUUUGCCUGA